AUGAGUCAGAGGCAAUCUACCUUUCAAGCGAGGCCACCAUCGAUUACUUUUGGGCCUGUGAACGACACACCCAACAGGCUUGCACCAAUCCUGAACCUCAUCGGUCCAGGGAGAGCCUCGGAUGUAGCGGGAAUUCGAUUUCGAAUUUCACCGGAAGCGGCGCGUGCCUGUGGCUCAGGAGAACGUGAUAGGAGAACUAUAGACCCUCCCCCGAUUGUCCAGCUCCAUGUGGAAGGGCCCAAUCUCUCUUCGGAUGAUAUCAAGAAGUACCUCAGUUGGGACGGCUAUGUGAUGCAUUGCUGGAUCUACGACCAGUAUGGGGCAGCAGAGGCAUCGAGAAUGCCACUUGAGUACCACUAUCAACGUCGUCUCACGGGGUCCCAGGUUGCUGCUCCAUUUUUUGGAAAGGACGAGAAAAGAAAGGACGGUUGCUUCUUCACGUUUUCAGAUCUUUCGGUUCGGACCUUGGGGACAUACAAGCUCAAGUUCAACAUGAUCAUGUUGGACGUUACUAAUCCUGGGCAGAGUAGACACUUUCCCAACCUAGCUGAGGUGAUCAGCAGCCCAUUCACGGUGUAUACGGCGAAGGACUUCCCUGGUAUCAGUGAAAGCAGUGAAUUGGUCAGGGCGCUGAGAGCGCAGGGCUGUAUCAUUUCUAUUAAGAAAGGAAACGAGAAGAAGCGAAAAAUUGGAAAGGUUGGAAACCAAUGCGAUGAGGACGACGAUUCGAGCGAUGAUUAG